AUGCACAGCAGCCGGUCGGAGCCGGGUCUCAGCCCAUGGCAUCACGAGAUGAAGGACCACGUGAAGGGCCGGGUCAAGGAGCUGGUCCUGGGCCGUACUGGGGCCUCUUGGGAAGACAGGUUGCAAGAGCAGAAAGCCAAAAAGGUCCAGGCCAUGAAGAUCAUUGAGAAGGAGCAGCGGGAAACGAUCAAAGCGGCCACCGACAAGGGCAUCGAGAAGCAACAGGUCUAUUCCCCGCUGCUGGCCCUCCGCUCGGCGCCUUUGCUCUCGACCUCUGAGAAGCAGGCGCAGCGCUUGGAGGAGAGAAGGAGGGACAUGGAGAACAAGACGAGAAGCUACCACAUCCAACGGAGCAAGAUUCUGGAGAAGAUGCGCACCAGGGACCCACUUUUCAAGGUGGAGGAUGUCUCCGCAGCCAAGGUUGCACUGGCCGACGCCAGGCGGAAGAAGCAGGCCGAGCUGCAAGCGGAAGAGAAGAAGCGAUGGGAGCACCUGGAAGAGUGUGCUGCCAAAGGAUGCCACAAAAGGCAGACUCUGUACGACUUGCACAACAGCCCCUCCUUCGACGAGCGUCUUGCGAAAGCGGUCGAGCAAAAGACGAAGGAACUCAAAGACUUGGAAAAGGCGCAGAAAGACCGAAUCAGGGAGGCUGUGGAGGCUGGCCACAACAAGUCUGCUGCGGUGUCCCCGCUGUCGGCCUGUCUGCGGAAUCCGCCGGACAACAUGGAGAGGCAGCGUGAGAUUCUUGAAGAGCGCAACCGUACAAUGGCCACUGCAGCCAGGGAGUACCUCCGCAAGCGAGACGAGAUGGUGGAGCGGCAGCGGAAGCGGGAGCCGCUCUUCUCCGGUGCCGCCGUGGCCGAUGCCACGACGCAGCUGGAGGAGAAGGCCAGGAAGCUGAAGCAGGAGAUGGCCGCCGAGCAGCUGAAGAACAGGCAGCACAUCCUCGAGCUGCAGAACAAGGUCCUGGCCAGACCGAUGAUGAUGGAGAUCAAGUACGGCAUUGCUGCCUGA